GAACUUGGAACUCCAGAGGCUGUCUGCCUGCAGUUACUCCUGGAGAGACUCCAAGACAAGGAGAAUGGGGUCGUGUUGUCUCACAAAUUGUCUAGGUUCCUGCCACAAGAGAUGGUGGAGUGGGGGUCUUGUCCAAAUGCGGACAGUCUGGAACAGGUGCCACCCCUGGCGCCUAUGGCACAUUAACCCCAGGAUCUCAAAGAUGACAUGGGACAGCCCGGAACAGGGCGAAAAUGCCAGCCUGGAGGAGGCUGACAGGGUGGUGACCCUCCAGCCUGGCAAACUGAAGAAGCUGGUGAACCAGCUGGUGCCUGCCCAUCGCCGCGGGGACCCCUUCUUCGUGCCCGCGUUCCUGUCCACCUACAGGAAGUUCGCCACCACGCGGCAGGUGCUGGAUCUGCUGUUCCUCAGGUACAGGUUCUUCCACCCCGACUCUGAGGAGGACCAGCAAAACAAGAGCGCUCUGAGCUCCCUCCUGGAGACCUGGCUGUUCCAGUACCCUGGAGACUUUUGCCGCUGCCCAGACCUGGCCAGCCUGAAGCAGCUGGUGGCCUAUGCACUCGUCAACCUGCCAGACUCGCAAAUCGUCCCACAAGUGUGCGGACUCCUGAGCAGACCUGGAGCCCACUAGGUGUGAAGGAUCUCCAGGGGCCAGAACUGCUCCCCAGCGGCAGCCUUCGAGGAAGACCUGGAGCAGGGGAAAGACCGUGUGCCAUGUGGGGCUCCCGCUGCUGGGUCCUCCCCUGCCCCCCUGGGAAUGUCUCCUUUUGUUCUUUUCCCUGUUUUCCUGUUUCCACAUUUCCCCGUUGGUGUAGCAUUUAUUUUAAUAAAAUCAAAGUGUUCCUUA